CUAUACUGCCAAAAGCUUGUUUUUCAAUUCAUCCACCCGUCAACGCGUCCAUACAGGAACGUUCUCAACACAGAAAAAAUAUAGUACUACUUCCUGCAAACUGGACGAUGCUCGCUGCUGCCAUCUCUUCCAAGAAAGCGGUCAGYCCUGCUCUGCUUGUCCUCUUGCUGCUCCUGCACACCGCCGCAGUGGUGAUCGUAGAGGGCGCCUAUUCGGUGGCCGGAAAGACAGUUCUUGUCACGGGGUCCGCUGGGGGCAUCGGAAAGGGCAUCGCCAAAGCCCUGGCGGAAAAGGGUGCAAAGAUCGUGGUGCACUAUCACACACGGGAAACCGAGGCGCUCGCCUUUUCCAGGGAGCUUGGUCCGGAGCGGUGUCUCGGAGCCCUCCACUGCGAUUUCCGAAACACUUCCUCGAUCCCCUCCUUUUUCGCAAGGGCCAAGGAUCUCUCCGGGAAACUGGACAUUCUGGUCAACAACGCGGGGGCCAUAACGAAGCUGGCGCUGGAGGAYGACGACGAAGAACUCACCGUGUGGAAAGACACAAUGGCCGUGAAUCUGCACGCCCCGAACCUGCUCGGAAAAUUGUUUGCGGAGCAAUUCAGGGAAGGAAGCGAAGAAUGCACGGAUGCCAGUGGCGGUGGCGGUGGCGGUGGCGGUGUCAUCCUCAACGUGGGAUCGAUCCACGGAGACCGAUCCAACGAAUACAUGGGGGCCUACGCGGCCUCCAAGGCGGCCCUGGAAUCCCUGACCCGGACCCAGGCCAUCGAAUACGGUCCUGCGUAUGGGGUUCGGGCCAACCUGAUCGCCCCCGGGAUCGUCCCCGUCGAGCGGACCGAGGCCUUUUUUCGGGAGAACCCGGGCGUCCUCAAAUCGUGGACCGAUCGGAUGCCCCUGGGAAAGGAGGGGACCGUGGAGCAGGUCGCUGCCGCGUCCCUGGCGAUGAUCGAAAACGAGUGGGCCAACGGGGCGGUCUGGCAGAUCGAUGGAGGCAUGCUGGCGCGUGGCAACCUGCCCCCGCGGGACCGGCCGUAGGUAGCUAGCAAGAGAAAUGUGUAGUGGUUCGUUCUUGCGAGUGUUCGAACAAGACUCUGUCGAUCGCUAGUUUCAAACACUUUUUCGCUACGAUACAAUAGAAAAUACUACCUAAU